AUGAAGCUGAAGGUACCAAACCCAGGACUGGAUGGCCGGAUCCCUACUCACGGGGAGCUGGAGAAGAUGGAGAAGGAGGAGGCGGGGGACAGACCCAAAUGGGACAACAAAGCCCAGUAUCUGCUCACCUGUGUGGGCUUCUGUGUGGGACUUGGCAACGUCUGGAGGUUCCCUUACCUUUGUCAAAGCCAUGGAGGAGGAGCGUUUAUGAUCCCAUUCCUCAUCCUGCUGGUGCUGGAGGGAAUCCCUCUGCUGCACCUGGAGUUUGCCAUUGGUCAGCGCCUGAGGAGAGGCAGCGUGGGAGUGUGGAGAUCGAUUAAUCCAUGUCUGACAGGAGUUGGUAUUGCGUCCUUGCUUGUGUCAUUUUUGGUGGGCAUGUACUACAACACCAUCAUGGCCUGGAUCAUGUGGUAUCUCUUCAACUCCUUCCAGGACCCUCUGCCUUGGAGCCAGUGUCCUCUCAACGCUAACAGGACAGGUCUAGUGGAGGAAUGUGCUCGGAGCAGCACCGUCGACUACUUCUGGUACAGAGAGACCCUGAACACUUCGACAGCUAUCGAUGAGGCUGGAGGCCUGCAGUGGUGGAUAGUGCUAGCCCUCAUAGCUGCCUGGACGCUGCUCUAUGUUUGCUGCAUCCGGGGGAUCGAGACUACUGGAAAGGCUGUCUACAUCACCUCCACUCUGCCGUAUCUGGUCCUCACUAUCUUCCUCAUCAGAGGACUGACUCUGAAAGGAUCCGUAGAGGGAAUUAAGUUCCUCUUCACACCAGAUGUGAAUGAGUUAAUGAAUCCAUCGACCUGGUUGGAUGCGGGUGCUCAAGUAUUCUACUCUUUCUCCUUGGCUUUUGGAGGUCUUAUCUCUUUCUCCAGUUACAACUCAGUUCACAACAACUGUGAGCAGGAUGCUGUACUCAUCUCCAUUAUCAAUGGCUGCACCUCAGUGUACUCCGCAACGGUUAUCUACUCCAUCAUCGGCUUCAGGGCCACUGAGAAAUUUGACGACUGCAUGGGAGACAACAUCUUGAAGCUGAUGAACGCCUUCAACUAUGCUGAAAACAACAUCACAGAAAGCAACUAUCAGGAAUCUCUGACCCUACUCAACCAGACAGCUCCAGCAAUCAUCCAAGGAUUGCAACUACAGACCUGUGACAUGCAGUCUUUCCUCAGCCAGGGCGUGGAGGGAACAGGUCUGGCCUUCAUCGUGUUCACAGAAGCCAUCAUCAAAAUGCCUGUUUCUCCUCUUUGGGCUGUCCUCUUCUUCGUCAUGCUCUUCUGCCUCGGCCUCUCGACUAUGUUUGGCAACAUCGAGGGAGUGGUGGUUCCUUUGCAGGACCUCAGAGUGUUGCCCCGAACCUGGCCAAAGGAAAUUUUCAGUGCUCUGACCUGCCUAAUAUCUUUAGCUUUUGGGCUCAUAUUUUCCCUGCGCUCUGGAAACUACUGGCUAGCUCUUUUUGACAACUUUGCGGGCUCUAUCCCGCUUCUGGUCAUCGGAUUCUGUGAAAUGUUCUCUGUUGUCUACAUCUAUGGCAUAGAUAGGUUUAACAAGGAUAUUGAGUUUAUGAUUGGCCACAAGCCCAAUAUUUUCUGGCAGGUGACCUGGAGGGUGGUUAGUCCACUCAUUAUGAUCGUCAUCCUGAUUUUCUACUUUGUAACCCAAGUCACCAAGAGUCUCACCUACUUGGUCUGGGACCAGGAGGCGGAGAGCUUCCCCACCCUGGAAGCACGGCCGUAUCCGUCCUGGAUCUACGUCAUCAUCUUCAUCCUGGCUGGAAUUCCCAGUUUAGCCAUCCCAGCAGUCGCCCUCUUCAAAUUCAUCCAGACGAAAUUCUGCAAGAAGAAGGGUUACAGUGACAGCACAGUGGACACGGUCUCUGCCAAAAUACAAAUGAGUGACAAAAUGGAGUUUUAG